AAACAACUUUGGGAGAAAAGCUCAAAAGUGUCGUCGGACACAGCGUGGGGAGGGAGGCGGGAACAGAACAGUGUGGGACAGCCUCGGAGGAGCCACCCAUUACAAUGGCCAUCGCCGCCUGCUUCAACAAUCCCUCUUUCUCCCUUCCCAGACGCACCGCCACCGCCAGCAGCCGCCUCUCCAAUCGCCCGGCCGCCUCCCUCCUCCACCUCCGCCUCUCCAUACCCGCCACCUCCACCACCAACACCACCCCCAUUUCUUCCAUCCUCCCUCUUUUCCAGUCCCGAAUUCAACGACCCAUCUUCGUCCCCUUCAGCGGGGGUGGCUACAUUGACAGCGGGAGCAACCACAACAACUCUGGCGGAGGAGGCGGCGGCGAAGGUGGAGGCGGAGGCGGAGACGACGCCAGCGACAAGAACAGGGAAGAGGCGUUCCUGGUACUGGCGCAAGCGGGGCGGGCACUGGAGAGCCUCCCCAAGGACCUGGCAGCUGCUGUAGAGGCCGGGCGUAUCCCCGGGGCGGUGGUCUCGAAGUUCCUCGAGCUCGAGAAGUCACCGCUGCUGAGAUGGCUGCUCCAGUUCGGGGGGUUUAAGGAGAGGCUGUUGGCGGAUGAUCUGUUCUUGGCGAAGGUUGGCAUGGAAUGUGGUGUCGGGAUCUUCACGAAGACUGCAGCAGAGUAUGAACGCCGCAGAGAGAAUUUCUUCAACGAGAUAGAAAUUGUUUUUUGCGACGUGGUUAUGGCAAUUCUUGCAGAUUUCAUGCUCGUUUACCUUCCUGCUCCGACUGUCUCUCUACGUCCCGCACUUGCUACUGGUGCAGGAACCAUUGCAAAUUUCUUCCACAACUGCCCUGAUAAUGCCUUCCAGGUUGCUCUAUCUGGAACUUCAUAUUCAUUCCUACAAAGAACCGGUGCCAUAGUGCGUAAUGGUGCAAAGCUUUUUGCAGUGGGUACCUCUUCAUCGUUGGUCGGAACUGCAGUUACAAAUUGCCUGAUUAAUGCAAGGAAGGCCGUUGAUAAGGAUGCUGCAGGAGAAGUUGAAACUUUGCCCAUACUAUCGACAAGUGUUGGCUAUGGUGUCUAUAUGGCUGUUUCCAGUAACCUCAGGUACCAAGUUCUUGCGGGUGUGAUCGAACAGAGGAUGUUGGAGCCGUUGCUGCACCAGAACAAGAUAAUGCUGAGUGCUCUCUGCUUUGCUGUUAGGACCGGGAAUACGUAUUUGGGCUCGUUAUUGUGGGUAGAUUAUGCUCGGUUGAUCGGCAUACAGUAGCACCAAGGAUUCGAACAACGCAUGCAAAUUUUCUUUGAUGCUCUUUUCUUGGCUUUCUUGAUUAAAGCACAUUCUUUGAUGCCAGCUCUCUGUUAUCGGCUGGUAUUUUCAGGAGGUUUGCUCCCGAAAGCCCCCAGUUUCUUUGAUAGGCAUAGGAUUUGAAUUUCGAAAGCAAAGAUUUUGGAUCAUUGUUUCAGACACCGAACAUGAUUCAUUCUGAAAUAUUUCCUGGAAUGUUAAUGGAAUGCUUGAUUCUGUUCUUAUUACAUCUA